CGUACUUUGUAUAUAUUAAGUAUCAUUGGUAUUAUAAAGAUGAACAGCUUACAGUUUAGGGUUUCAAAAAUGUCUCAUAUUAUUGUCAAUCGACUAUUCAAGCCGUCAGUCUCCAGAAAAUUCCUCAGACACACAAACGUUCGUCUGUUCACAUCUGAUCAACCCUACCCGUUUCUUUUGGUCGACCACAUCCUCAAGAAUCCAAACUCUCCGAAAGCUGGCCAAGGAAUAGAGUACUCAAGCUGCCGCAAGGAAAAUGAAAUCUUCAUUACCGACAAGGAAGUCGCAAACAACGUCUGUGAUGCAAUGACUGCCGGAUUUUCACGUGAUGGUUUGAAGCUCGAAAAUACGUACAGGGGUAUAGCUAUCCAUUACAAAAACGUGUCGGCUCAGCUACCUCCUCUACCCGCAGGUUCAAAAAUUCAAAGCCUGGCUAUGUCCUCUUUACCUACCCGAGAGAAAGAUUGGGUAGUGGGUGUCAAGUUAUCGGGAUCCCGGUUGAGUCUGUGUAGGCCUUUCGGGAGCUGUAAAUGGAUAGACAUAAAAAACGCACCUGGGUCUAUCAACCCUAUGUCGAGCCUCAUGUUCUCCAAAAAAGAGAGAAGCUUCUACAUUCCUAGUCUCGGAGGCAACUACUUGUGCUAUUUGCCAAAGGGACUAGACAAACUCGAGUUCAUGGAUCUGGAGUUUGACGAUCUUCCAGCCUCGGUGUAUGAGGAGGUUGCGAAGUUGAGUUCAUAUUCAAGAACAGACCAUCUUGUGGAGUCACCGACCGGCCAACUUUUCCUUGUCAAGUGGUAUGGUGAGGACUCAGAGGUGUUAAUGGACUCAGACUCGGACUCCAACUCAAACAAGGACGGUAAAAUGAGAUGUCUAACACUGAAGCAAGUAACAAAAAAAUUCAUGGUGUUUAGGGCAGGGGAGCAAUCGGAUCACUAUGAUAAGACUAUGAUCUACACAGAAGACAUUGGAGAUCUUUGCAUCUUUCUUGGACAUAGCCAGGCUUUCUGCGUCCCAGCCAGCUCUUCUCCUGGACUCAAGCCUAACUGCAUCUACUUUGUGGGUAAUAACUUUGGUGUUUAUGAUCUCGCCACCAAAACUUGCACUACCUUCCACACAUACGAAGAUUACGUAGAUUAUGAAAAGGGUCCAGUGAAGAGAAUUGAAUUCCCUUACUGGCCAACUCCAGUUUCUCUCUAGCUUCACUUAAUUAAGAUGGUUGGGUUGUUUCUCGUUUGUUUGCUUUCAUUAUAAUGUUGUUAUAGGUGUCCUUGCUUUCCUAUGCUAUCAUUUAAAUCCAGUGUUCUAUUAUAAUGGAAUUUACUAUCUAUGAAUGGUA